CCCUUCAAAAUGGACCAAACCAAGGCGGUGUUGAAGAACGACUUGAUCUCAUGGGUAGCAAAAGCUGUGGAAAGAAAAAAUUUCAACACGUUCAAGGUCACCUUGGAUGGAACCUCAGAAAAAUGCGACGGAUACAUUGGUGAUAUAGUUUUCGUGAAUGUGACGGGAACCAACACUGACAACAAAGAAGAAACUUUGCAUCUAGUUGUCAAACACAGCAAACAAAAUGACUACUUCAGAGCCUCAGCAUUCAAACACAUGUUCGACGCAGAGAUCCACUUUUACGACAAGGUAUAUCCUGUACUGGAAAGGUUUCAAUUGGAAAAAAAACUGUCUGUGACUUUCAGUGCAGUUCCAAAAUGCCUUAAAACUUUGUGUUUGGAAAAAAAGGAGGUCUUGAUCCUCGAAAGCUUGAAACCGCAAGGAUACAAACUAUGCGACAGAAGAAAACCUUUGAAUAUAUUCCAUAUAAAAGCAAUUUUGGAACAAUUCGGAAGACUCCAUGCUUUAUCUUUUGCUCUUCGUGAUCAAAGGAGGAAUGAAUUUGAGGCUAUUGUGAAAAACUAUCCGGAUUUUCUGGGAAAUUUUCUCAGAGACAAAUUGACUCGAGGCUGUUUUAGACCAGUCUUGAAUAAUGCGUUGAAAACGUUGUUGGACCAUGGAGAAGCGGAACUGGUGAAUAAAUUCGAGAAAAUUAUUGCAAAAUAUACAGACAACGUAGCUGAUGUAAUGGCGAAAAUUGUAGAUGAAGAUGAAGAACAGUCAGUUAUCGUUCAUAGUGAUGGUUGGUGCAAUAACUACAUGUUCAAAUAUAAGGGUAACAAUCGAACCUCUCCCAGCGAAGUAGUUAUCCUGGACUGGCAAUUGUCACACUUGCGUUCACCAGCCCUAGAUCUGUGUUACGUCUUCUACGCUACAGCCUCUUCAAAGGAACUGAAACAUUUUGACCAACUCAUGAAAACUUACUACGCGUCGUUCUCAAGCUUCCUAACAGCCCUGGGUAGCGAUCCCGAGAAGCUCUUCCCAUUCAGCUCUUUGAAAGUUCACUGGAGGAAAUAUUCCACCUUUGGUGUGAUAUUCAUGGCACUGAUAUUGUCCUUCGUCCUUUGCGACAAAGAGAAUGCUCCUGACUUUGGGGAUUUGUUGAGUGAAAAUGGUCUGGAGGAUAUGCUUGUUAUAGAUGUGUCAAAGAAUGAGUUGUUCUUUGAACGGUACAGGGACAUUGUGCGACACUAUUUAGAGUGUAGGUUCUAAAUGUAAGUCUUAAAGCAAAAUGUUCUAAGGAAAUGUAGCUAAAAAUAGCCACGAUGCAUAAAAUAAUAAAUUGCACAUAGAAUAGUAGAGUAUGUAUCUUUAUAAAUGGCUGGCAACCAUUAAUACACUUUCCUGGAUUGAGGAUAAACUACAUACGCUUAUGUUUAUAUGACAUCGCGGUUAAAAUAUUAUUGAAAACUAGAAACCGCUAAUUCAUCGUUUUAUGAUAUCAGAAUCAUUGUUUUGAAAGUUAAUUUAGUACCCUUAAAUCUCCAAUGUUGUAAUUGUACUGAGGAUUACCAUACCAUACGCUGUUAAGUUAUUGUCAGAAAUUACUUUUACACAGUUUACGUAUUUUUAAUUUAAUUUUUUUUUUUGUAUAUUGUAAUCUGUGAAAAAAUAUUAAUGUAAUAAACUUUAACCCCAAUUAACAUUAUCAAGGGCAAAUUUUUAUGAAAAUUUUUGCCUAGCCCAUUGCACUGGCAAAAGCGGAAACUAUAAAUUAGAAAUACGCAUGACUACAUAUCGCAGUAAUUUUAUACAUAUACAGGGUGUCCGGAAAGGUCAUGUCAAAAAUGAAGGGGAGG